AUGCCUGUAAAUAAAAAUGGAGGAAACUUAAUGUGGGGGCUGAAACUGUCACUCCUAAUUGUUCUACUAUGCGGCGGCGUGCAAUGUGCAUUUCGUAAUUUUCAAGCAUUGAAAACGAAUAUAUAUAUCGGUGUAAUACUGCCUAAUAAUACUGUGACUGAAGUAGCAUUCGCGUCAGCACUAGCCAGGGCGUCAAUGGAAAGCGAACAAUAUCGUUAUUCAAUGAAAAUAGUUUACGUGACAUAUGGUGAUAGCUUCGCAGCUUCGAAAGCCGCUUGUGAGCUUCUCUCAACUGGUGUGAUUGCAAUCUUCGGACCAACUGACACCACUUCAGCCGCGGCUGUCGAAGCGCGAUGCAGGUCUGCAGGGGUUCCGCACAUUCAAGCAUUAUGGCGCCCUCCUCACGUACGCGGUCUGGAACGUUUCUCGCCUCCUGGAAUUAAUUUGUACCCAGAAUCCGUAGCGCUCUCAAAAGCGGUCGCGAUUUUCAUAAAAGACAGCGAUUGGAACACUUAUACACUUCUUUAUGACGAUGAUCAAGGACUUAUUCGGUUGCAAGAAAUAUUAAAGAAUGCCCAACCAGGACAUAAAUGGUUAGCACGCCGGCUACGUCCAGGAGAAGAUAAUAGACCAUUACUAAAAUUAUUAAAAGCCUACGGUGAAACAAGAGUUAUAAUAGAUUGUCCAGCUCACAGAGUGCUCGAAUAUUUGCGACAGGCGCAUGAAGUUAAAUUCUUUGAGGACUAUAUGAGUUAUGUUCUUAUGUCACUCGAUGCUCAUACAUUAGACCUACAAGAGUUAAGGUAUGGCCUAUCAAAUGUAACAUGCUUGAGAAUCUUCGAUCAUUCAGAUGCUCGAACUAAAUCGUACCUAGCUGAUUGGAAGGCCAGAACUUCAAAUGACAUUAAAAUGCCGCAGCAAACGCACGAGAUUACUAUUGAAGCAGCUCUUGCUAGUGAUGCAGCAAGACUGAUAACAGAUUCUGUGGAAAAUGCACCAAAAGAGUUCAAAAUAGAAGCACAGUCGAUUGAAUGUAACACAGAGUCUAAAUGGGAAGAGGGAGAGACUUUCACAAAUCAUCUAUUGACGAAUCCAAUACAAGGCAUAACGGGACGCGUGCAAGUAGACAAUAUAACAGGAGAGAGAACGAACUUCAAUGUAGAAGUUAUGGAGUUAUCUAACAGCGGUUUUAACAGCAUAGCAAAAUGGAACGCGGAAACCGGCUUUAUUUAUUCACGGACGGCGACCGAGGUUUCCGAUCUAUUAGCUGAAAAAUGGCAGAACAAAACAUUCAAAGUAGUUUCAAGAAUCGGUGCACCUUAUCUCGUUGAGAAAAUACCAGCUGAAGGCGAGGUAUUGAUCGGGAAUGACCGAUACGAAGGUUACUCUAAAGAUCUCAUACAUGAAAUCUUAAAAGAAACGCUUCACUUAAAUUACGUUAUAGAAAUAGUUCCUGGCAACGAGUACGGAAAGUAUAAUAAGGACACCAAGAAAUGGAACGGUCUUAUUGGACAUCUCCUGGAAAGGAAAGCUGAUUUGGCUAUUUGUGAUCUGACUAUAACGUACGAAAGAAGAGCCUUUGUGGAUUUUACGACGCCUUUUAUGACUUUAGGGAUCAGUAUUCUGUAUUCAAAGGCAACUCCGCCAGAGCCGGAACUUUUCUCAUUUCUAAAGCCAUUCUCGGUGGAUGUCUGGAUUUAUAUGGCCGCUGCAUAUUUAAUGGUUUCAUUAUUGCUACAUAUUUUAGCAAGAUUCGCUCCAAACGACUGGGAGAAUCCCCAUCCCUGUGACAAAUCCCCUAAGGAAUUGGAAAAUAUUUGGCAUAUCAAGAACUCAUGCUGGCUUACCGUCGGAUCGAUUAUGACCCAAGGAUCUGAUAUAUUGCCGAAAGGAUACUCCACAAGAUGGGUGUGUGGGAUGUGGUGGUUUUUUGCUCUCAUUAUGUGUUCUUCGUAUACCGCAAAUCUUGCUGCUUUCCUCACAAACGCAGCCAUGGACGAUUCCAUUAAAAACGUUGAAGAUCUGGCUUUGCAAACUAAAAUCAAAUACGGAACUGUAGAUGGAGGUUCUACUUAUUCAUUUUUUAAGAGGUCCAAUGUGUCUACAUAUCAAAGGAUGUGGACUGCAAUGGAAGCAGCACGACCAUCAGUCUUCGUAAAAAACAAUGACGAAGGUGUAGAACGGGUGCUAAAAUCAAAACGAGGAUACGCUUUCCUAAUGGAGUCUACCGCUAUCGAAUAUCAACUUGAAAGACACUGCAAUUUAAUGCAAGUUGGCAACGAACUCGAUUCUAAGGGAUAUGGUAUUGCCAUGCCUUUUUUUUCGUCUUAUAGAACAGCGGUUGAUAAUGCUCUUCUAAAAUUAGCUGAAGGUGGCAAAUUGUUGGAACUUAAAAAUCGUUGGUGGAAGCCAGAAGAGGAACAAUGUGUGUCAGAAGAAGUUGGAGAUAAGGGAGGUAGUGCGGUGGAGCUUGGUGUAGACAACGUGGGUGGAGUCUUCGUUGUACUAGCUGUUGGUUGCGGCCUAGCAGCUUGUAUGGGAGGAUUUGAAUUCCUCUGGCACGUUAGAGACGUGGCUGUUGAACAGAAAUUACUCAAUCUGAAGUUUUCUGGGCGGAAUUGA